GUCGAUGCGAUAGGGCUUCGGCCAGAUCACUGAUGGGCAUAAAAGGCCUCUUCCCCUACAUCCGGGACAAUGCGCCGGGCGCCAUCGUCGAGACCUCAUUGAAGGACUACAUGGGCCGGCGCCUCGCCGUCGACGCGUCCAUGCACCUCUACUCGUUCCUCGCGGCCAUCCGCACGGGCGGCGACGCGACGCACCUCACGAACUCGCGCGGCGAGGCGACGAGCCACCUCCAGGGCUUCGCGAACCGCACGCUGCGCAUGCUCGAGGCCGGCGCGAAGCCCGUCUUCGUCUUCGACGGCGCGGCGCCCGAGCUGAAAGGGAAGACGCUCAAGGGCCGGAGCGAGGCGAAGCGCGCCGCCGAGGAGAAGCUGGCCCGGGCGCGCGACGCCGACUCCGGCGCGACGACGGAGGAGGUCUACAAGGCGGCGUCGGCGUCGACGCGCGUGACGCGGCAGCACAACGACGACGUCAAGCGGCUGCUCCGCCUGAUGGGCGUGCCCGUCGUCGAGGCGCCCGGCGAGGCCGAGGCGUCGUGCGUCGCUCUUGUUAGGCACGGCGCCUGCGACUUCGUCGUCACGGAGGACAUGGACGCGCUGACCUUCGGCGCGGCGAAGAUGGUGAAGAACCUCUUCGACGUCGAGGGCGCGCGCGCCAAGGAGAAGCGGCCCGCGUACGAGAUCGACCUCGCCGCGGCGCUCCGCGAGCUCGGGCCCCGGGGCCUGGGGACCAUGGCGGCGUUCGUCGACUUCUGCAUUUUGUGCGGCUGCGACUACCUCGACCACGUGCCGGGCGUCGGGCCCGCGACGGCCGCGAAGCUUCUGAAGAGCCACGCAAGCCUCGAGCGCGCCGUCGUCCGCGUCGGCCGCAAGGUCGGCGGGCGGCCCGUCGCGCCGCACGGCUGGGACUUCCGCGCCGCGCGCGCGCUCUUCUUCGCGCCGACCGUCGUCGCCGCCGGCGAGACCGUCGACGCGCCGCCGCCGGACUACGCGGCGCUCCGCGCGUUCCUCGUCGACGGCCACGAGUUCAACGGCGACCGCGUCGACAAGAUGGUCGCGCGGCUCCGCAAGUGCCGCGAGGCCAAGCCCCAGAAGCGCAUCGACGACUUCUUCUCCAAGAGCCCGGCCAAGGGCCCGGCCCGGAGCCCACCGGCGAAGCGGGAGCCGGAGCCCGCGGCGAAGCCGGAGCCGGACGGCGCGGCGAAGCGGGAGCCGGAGCCCGCGGCGAAGCGGGAGCCAGACGGCGCGGCGAAGCGGGAGCCGGACGGCGGCGACGACAUCGGCCUCGACGCGUACGUCGACGCGCGACAGGAGCGGCGGGGCGCGCCGCCGGCCGCCGCGCCGGCGCCGGCGCCGCCCGCGGCGAAGCCGGAGCCCGGCGCGCGCUCGGUCGAGCCGGAGCCCGCCGCCGCGCGGCCUCGAGCGCCGCCGCCCUCGUCGCCGGCGUCGCCGCGGGCCGCCGCGCCCAUGUCGCCCGCGUGCCAGGCUUUCUUCAGCGGCGAGCUCCGGGACAUCUCGGCGUCGGCGUCGAAGAAGCGCAAGUCGCCGGCGAAGCGGCCGAAGCCGGCCGCGUCCGCCGAGGUCGCGCGCGCGUUCUUCGCCGGCGAGACGCGCGACGCGACGCCGAGCAAGAAGAAGAAGAAGGCGGGCUAAGAACUGUAGUUGUG